AUGCUCUUCGACGGGUCAGCCAGCGUACUCGUGGACCUUCUUGCUGUGCCUGUUCGGCCACCAAAGCCUUGUAUUCCCAACAAGCCAGUUACUCCCCUGCCCCAGAGCAACAACACAACAACUUGCACCGACUUGGUCCAGGACAGCGCAGCAAACAAGCAUGUGAAGCGGAAAUGUGAGGCCGAGGUGCUUUUUGGGUCACCACAACAACACAAGCGAGCAAAAACGCAAGGUAACACCACCACCACCACCACCACCACGAUGGAGACUGGCCAACCCAUCAAAUUCUCUACUCUUCCGACCGAGGUACACCACCUUAUUUUUACUCAUCUUGCGUCUGUCGAAGAUGUCGUGUGCCUCGGUCUAACCAGUCGAUACUUCUGGGCGGUCAGUCAAGAGUACAUACACGACUAUUAUGCUUCCUUCCUGGGGCAGUGGGCAGGCGAGAAUAUCGUCUGUGUAGGAGAAGACGUGAUGCCAGGCGACUUCCCUCCUGGACUCUUCUCAGCACAAGAGCGAGAGGAACUCGGCAGCAAGACCAUCGACAUCCCGUGGGACGACGACGAUCCGGACGAGAUUGCAUAUCCUGCCGUCCCAUUCACACUGCAUCACUUUACAUCGCCCAGCGUUUCUCGCAUACAAAAGAAAGUCGAUCUACACUCCGAGUCAACACGGAUCUACUUUGACUGCAGAGAGCGAAACAGCCACAAGGAUCCAGCAUUUUCAUCAUCCACGCGGUCAGCACUUAUCAUACGAAAGUCAGACUACCUGCCCCAGGACGAGCACUGGAUCCUUCGAAACUUGACGACAAGAGAGUUCAUCCGCGGGGACGCUGUUGCGCUCAAGCCGGAAUACAUCCACGGGCCCAACAUGGAUGUUUUGGGCUUUGGCGAGAUCAUCAUGUCGCACAUCUGCUGGUCUACAUCGUCAUCAGCCAAUAUGAGCUACAAGGGAGGGAUUACGAGGGGCGCCUGGGCGGGUCACUGCUUCGAUAUCACAACCCUUGGGAGGCACAACAGCGAGACCCAGGGGACCCAGGGGGAGGAGAGCUGGAGAGACGUGAGCGAGGAGGCCAUGAGGGAGGUUGCGGGGAUCUGGGAGAGUGAGUACGGCUCCGGUUGGCGCGAGGAAAUCUGCAACACGUGGCAUCAGAUGUACAGGAGAUGA